GUGCAAUUAGGGAAGGUGGCGAGGACGAUCCCGGGGCGGGCAGAGGGGCGGCUGGUGAGAGCGGCGCGAUGGGGGAGGAAGAGGGAUGACUCGGGGCGUAUUUCGCUGCCUGACCCCUGCACGUCAGCAGCGGCAGCCGCCGGAGCGCCGCGGUCCCGCCGCCUCCAGUGGACACAUGCACCCUCCGGCAGUCCCCGGGGCCGGCAGCGACGGGGACAACGCCGAGGUCAUCCCACUGACACCGGGUCUAGGCGAGAGGCAGAGCCCGCGGCCCGGGCUCUAGACCGCCUCGCCAUCCGCAAGCAGCGGCCCGAGAGGAGGAGCCCCGGUCGGGCAGUGGGCCCCGGGUCCUACGCCAGCCGCCGGCACAGCCGCCGCUCCCACCGGCUCCCCCAUGGAUAAGGCGGGCUCGCUGCACACCUCGGUGCCCACACCGCCUCCUCGGCUCUACCUGCCUCGCAACUUCAGCUGCAGCGCCUGCCUCUAUGGCAGCCUGGCCGAGCAGUGCAGGGCGGGCUGCAGCCCCGACGGCGACGCUGUGCCCCCGCCCGUGGUGCGGGAAGCGGCGGACGAGAAGCCGAAGCCACAGCCCCGCGGCCGAGAGCCCGCGCUCCCCGCCGUGCCGCCCAGCCCCACGCAGCGCCGCCGCGCCAAGUCAUUGCCCACGCCCGGCGACCGCAGCCUGCGCCCGGCGCUGCAGCAGAGUCCGUCCCGCCGCAAGACUGUGCGGUUCGCCGACUCCCUCGGCCUGGAGCUCACCUCCGUGCGCCACUUCUGCGAGGCCGACCUGCCGCAGGUGCCGCUGCCCGCUCCGCCGCGCACCGCAGACCUCUUCAAGACCAGGAAGCCACCGGCGCUGGGCGACUUGGAGCCGGUGCUGUUCGGCCCGCCGCCGCCGCUGCUGGAACCGCUCUUCCCGCCGCAGCCCGGCUCCAGCCCCGGCUUCACGGAGCGGGUGCGGCAGCACAAGGUGAGGUUGGAGUGGGUGCGGGCCGAGCCGGCGGGGCUGCGCGGAGCCGUGCGCGUCCUCAACCUCGCCUACGAGAAGGCCGUAACGGUGCGCUACACGCUCAACAGCUGGGCCAGCUGCGCCGAGGUGCCGGCUGCCUACCAGGCACCCGGCCCGGCGGACGGCAUCACCGACCGCUUCACCUUCCUCCUGACCCUGGGCGCUGCCGCCGCCGCCGCCGAGACCGUGCUGGAGUUCGCCGUCCGCUACCGAGUCGCCGGCGCCGAGUACUGGGACAACAACGAGGGCAAGAACUACCGGCUGCGGGGCCGGCAGCGCGGCCCCCCCGCCACCGGCCCGCCGCAGGACCCCGACAGCUCCGCUUGGAUCCACUUCAUCUGAGGCGCGGAGGGAGCGCGCAGCCCCGGGGGCCGGCUGGCCGGUCUCGCGGAGGGCUGAGGCACGGCGGGUUCCCGUCACGGGAGCGCUCGGCGCCUCUCCGGCCUGGCCGGCUCUCUGCCCACCCGGGGUCCGCGGCCCAGCGCAGGCGCCGCUUCUCUGUUAGUCGCCGGGAGGUACCUUCCUGAAUUCUGUUUACAGACGGAUAAUUUAUAUCCUCUAUCCCGCCAGCAAUGCCGAGGGGAUGAAUACCUGAGGGGAUGCCCUCCGGGCUGCCGCAGCGGCUCCAGGCGGGAGCCGGUUUCCUCCCUGGUCUCCCGGUGCACCGCGGCUCUCUCCAGAGAGGGGAGGAAGGGCAGGGAGGGCCGCAGGGCACUGACAGAAUUCCCUGGUGAGGACCAGGAUCCGCGGGUGCAGACGCACGCUGCCGGUCAGCACCCGUUACAGCCCCCUCAGCAGGGUCAGGCUAUGAAACGCGCAGGGCAGUGUCGGAGGGCAUCGCCCAGCCGCUUUCCUUCCCUAAUCCUGCUUAAGCAAAGCCCGGCUCCGGCGGGCGGCUGGAUCCGUGUUCCACUCCGUGACCCACUCGUGUGCGGUGGGCCUGAUAGGGCAGGGUUAAGGGUCAGAUUGCAGUUUUGAACCCAAAGACACAUGAGUACGAAUGCCCCCAGGUCUAGCUGUGUUACAUCAUGCUGUGAAAGUGAUUGAUGGGAUUAAUUAUAGUUUUACUUUUUUUCUUAUUUUGAACCCUGUCUCAUGCAUUUAAACUUAUUUAGAAAAGCAAAAUAACGUCACACACUAACUGAAAUGCAACACACUGAGGGAUUUUAAAAAGCAAGUGUUCUGUUUUAAAAUUCAUAUGGUAUGUUGUCAUAAAGGUUUGUCAGGAUCUGUUUGUUUCAGUAAGAUCGAUUCCAUGAAGGUGCUUGAGCUUGGGACAGUGGGAAGGGUGUGGAAUUGCACCAAAGGAACUAGAGAUUGCAAGAGUUGAAGUCGUAAUUCCAGUCUACAUCCCAAGACUUUCCAUUCUAUUCCUGUUAACAGUUUAGUUGAAUUUCUAGUGCCACGGCAUCAGUGCAGUAGCCUACUUUCUGAAAAACAAAUGCUUGAAAUGUUUCAUAAUAAUUUUAGUAAGUUGCAGAUUUCACAAAACUGCCUAAAUUUAGUCAUUCAAAUGGAGGAAAGCCAUAGCUUGCCAUAUAAAAAAUAUGUCAAUAAAAAUUAUCAAGCAUGUUGACUUCUGCCUUCAAAGGUAUAUUUUAAAUUAGCAUUUCAUUAGCAGUAAAUAGUGUUUUCCCUUUUAAACUUGCUUUUUCAGGAGUUUAGCUGAACACAGGUUGUGCUGCUGCCAAAUCUGAGUGCAUGUUUUUGCAGGAGAGGGACCACUACAAAUACAGUAUCUGAGAGUGGUAAAACCAAUGUCAGAGUGAUCUGAUUAUGAAGGGCUGUCAGAUCAGGACUUUAAAGUCUUGGAUCUUUUGUAGAAUGUUUAGGAAUUAAAUGUGGUUUUUAACUGCAUUUUUGUGUUCUGCAAAAGGGUUAUGUGUCCCAGACAUCUUGAGUAAUGUCACGUUCUCAUAGAACCUUUUGACUUCAGUGGGAAUUGAGAAGCAAUUUUGUCUCCUGAGGGUCUGGUUUAGUCAGGAUAGUUACCCUAAUAAAUUCUGGGGGAAAAAAGGUCUGGAAACUUGAUGGGAAAAGAGUGUUUCAUUUAAUGUUUCUAAGUUCUGAUUUAAUAGAAAUAAUAGCAAAAUUACUUUCUGUGGUAUUAUUAACUUGGUUUUAAAUCCCUAGUCAGUUUUCUAAUCCCAGCUUUUUUAAUAGAGAAUAUAAACCAAAUGUGUGGUAAACAUCUACUGAGUAUUUAAUAGUUUAGAAUAUUAAGGCCCCUCUCUCAUAAUAAAGUAACCCUCUAUGUUGCUAGUACACAUUUAUAAAGCUAAAAUUGCAGAAUUAGGGUUUCAAAACGUUCAGAUUAAAGCAUAUUAAGUGGUGUAUUUGAUGAAGAAAGCCAAGUGUCUUUUAGUUAAACCUAUUUUUUUUACAAGAGCCUUAAUACUGGAGAGAAGGAAAAAGACUUGUCUCCAUUUGAAAGCACUUUGAAAUCUGGUGGAAAUAGAGCAUAGCGUCUUUUUAUUUAGUGUUGUAGCUUUCCAAAACAUGUUUUGCUUGGCCUUUCUACCCC